AUGCUCUUCGACCUCCUCGCCACCGUCUUCCACACCUUCCGCGAUCCCGCCGACCUCAUCCGCUGCGGCGCCGUCUGCCACUCCUGGCACGCCGCCGCCGCGCCCGUCCGCGACCGCCACCCUCUCCUGUCCGCCCGUCCGCCGUCGUCGUGCCUAGUGUACGCUGUCUCGGGGGAGGGCCAAGGCGACCGGUCCCGCGCCGCCACCAUCUUCUCGCUCGACGGCGGCCGCACGUAUGAGGUCACCCUGCCCGCUGAGCCCCCGAUCCGCAACAGGUUCUGGCUGGGCAGCUCCCACGGCUGGAUCGUCACCGCCGACGCCGACUCCGCCGAGCUGCACCUCGUCAACCCCGUCACCGGCCAGCAGAUCGACUCUCUCCCGCCGGUGGACACCGUGGAGCACGUGAGGCGCUGCCACAACGACGACUACGACUACGAGAUCGUCGAGUACAACUGGACCAUGGAGCAGCGAGACGACGCUCCACCCACUGAGGUGAAGGCCGGUGAGCUCGCCGGUUACCUCCUCAUGCGCGCCUUCCUCUCGUCGGACCCGGCAGCGGAUGACGGCGACUGCAUCGUCGUUCUGCUCCACACGCCGUGGUAUCAGCUCUCGUUCGCGCGGGUGGGCGUCGACGAGCGCUGGGCCUGGGUCCACCUACCCGACUCGGACUUCUACACCGACGUCGUGUACAACGACGGCGACGGAAUGUUCUACGCUCUGACGCACCAAGCCGCCAUCCACGCCUACGACUUCUCCGGCGGGCCCUCCGCCGUGCGCCGAACGAGGCUGGAGGAGACAGCGACGCUGGGCGACGGUGGUGAGAGCCACGCUCUGUUCAUCGGGUGCAACCCUCCCUUCUGGCUGCCCGCCGGAGCCGGCGUGCUUGCCAGCCAUGUUUAUCACUCAGAUAACGAAGAGGAUUACGCGCUGCUCUACCCGGAGGCGCCCAGGGACAUCGACGUGUACAGCGUCGCCGACGGCAGCUUCUCGCCGUUCCGUCCAACCCAACCAUGGCUAACUGGCCAUUACCAACUUGGAUUGUUCCUAGCCUUAGCUACUACGUACCAUCAAGUUAGUUAUAACAACUAA